GACUAGUUAAUAUGCAUCGCACGACGUGGCCCACGUGCCAUGAAUAUUCAUCCUGAUGGCGUUUUUUUUUUUUUUUCCCCCUUUCCGGUGUCGCUCCCUCCCGUCCUCGCCGUUUAACGUAAGUCCGUGAUGGGGGCCGUUAUGAAACCUUCCCGGAAGGCUCCGCCGUGCUCGGCCUGGUUUCCACAGACACUCAGAAAGUGCGCAGGGCUGCUGCUGGUGUACGUGUCGCUGCUCGCCGCUGACAGAAUGACCGAUAAGACCGAGCUGCCGAGCAGAGAGCGGGCUCUGAAGGGAAGGGAGGAGAGGAUGGUCGUAGCAGACAAGCAUGCCGUUAACGGGAAUCCCACUGUGGAGCCUUUUCCAGAAGGCAUGGAAACCAUCAUGUUUGGAAUGGGCUGUUUCUGGGGAGCUGAGAAGCUGUUCUGGCGGCUUCCAGGAGUCUUCUCCACCCAGGUGGGCUUCGCCGGGGGCUUCACACCCAACCCGACCUACAAUGAAGUCUGCACAGGUCUGACGGCCCACACUGAGGUGGUGAGGGUGGUCUUCUCCCCUCAAGACAUCAGCCUGGAGGAACUCCUCAGACAGUUUUGGGAGAAUCACGAUCCUACACAAGGCAUGAAGCAGCACAAUGACAGCGGCACUCAGUAUCGUUCAGUCAUUUACACGUCCAGCCCAGCUCAGCAGGAGGCUGCACUGAAGAGCAAGGAGGCCUUCCAGAAGGAACUGGAUAAGAAAGGCUACGGUCCAAUCACCACUGAGAUCCUGGAGGAACAGGAGUUUUUCUACGCAGAGGACUACCACCAGCAGUACCUGAAGAAGGUCCCCAAAGGAUACUGUGGCCUUAAAGGGACCGGGGUUUCCUGUCCCAUCGGAGGCAGCAAGGAGGAGCUGUAAGGCGUGUGUGGAGGCGAUUGUAUGACCAAACAGGAAUUUUGUUCAGCAAAAAGCAAUAAAAUGAAGCAACAUCCUUAAAAUAUGCUAAAAUAUAUAUAUCAAAAACAUUUAAAAUUUGUGAAAAUAUCACAGUUUAAAGCAGUAGACUGAAAAUAAAACAAUGGAAUAAAGUAAAGAAACCGAAAUACGGAAGAAAAGUGGAGCUUUGAUAAGAAGGAAAUGGAAUUAGUGACAGAUUUAACAUGUAUGUAGCAACAGAACCUAAAGAUGUGAAAUGCAACAGAGAAGUUGAAACGGAAAUAACAGUCAAUGCAUAUUUACUCUUUAUUAUCUUUUGCAUUUUCAGUCUGAAAUUUACGACAAACUGGAAAAUACUUACAUGAUUCCAGUUAGCAGUGGGCGACAUGACAAGAACACUCCAUGAACCUUUUCAGUUUGUUUUCUACGUCAAAGUCAGAAUCACCAUUUUAUCACCAUUUCCUAAAAAAGCUCAGAAAGAAAAACACAACGGACAGAAAACAUCUUCAGAUUAACAGAUUAAUAUUAGUUGGCACAAUUUUUCCAACUUGUGGGGGGAAAAAAGACUUCUAGUCAACAAAAGUGAGCACCCUCUGAUAAAAUGUCAGGUUUCUGUGGUGUAAAAAAUGACACCAUGGUGAGUCAUUUAAAAAAUUUCCACCCAUCUGAUUUUUAUCCUGCACAACACCCAGGGUUCUCUGGUGUUAACUCUCCCUCCGAACGUUUCCUUCAGCUCAGAACUAUACUUUACUUUUUUAAAUAAACAGUAACGCCUCUCAGGUAACACACUCUUGCUACAUUACAGCUAAUUUGUGAAGCUAAAGAAAAACUGAUAAAUCAGAGCAAGAGCAUAGAACAGAUGAUCACGCCAUCUCUCUGCUGUGUUUUGACCCAAGAUCUUCAUGUCGCCCACUUUUAAUUCCAGUAUAUCUACAUUUAACCACUGGAUGGUUGUUGCAUGAUAGAAACUCAUCGGCCACUUUAUUAGCUCCACUGUCCCACUCCCAGGUUUCACUGUGAUGUGAUUGGUUGAGUCACUGUUAGUUUUUCCAGGUAAUCUAACAGGCGUACCUAAUAAAAUGGCCAAUGAGUGCACAUAAAAGGUGUUUUUUAUAUAAUUUUAUGUUAUCCACAUGUAUUGGAACUAUUAAUAAGCCUGAAAUUACAUAUUUAGAAUUUCAGCUAAAGUGUGGAGAUGUGUUGCAAAAGUCACAUUUAUAACA